GGAGUAUCAUUUAAGUAAGUGUUAAUUUGCAGCACAUCGUGAACCCGGAUCCGGGUCAGAUCCGGAUCAGAUAGCCUCCAAGAUCCGAGCGCAUGGUAAGCUCUUACAGGAGUGCGCCUCAUCUCUCUUUCUCUCUCACAAGUAAUGGAGAUAAGAACUUUGAGAAGGCAAGAGAAUACAUAAUUUUCAUAGAGAAUUUAUGUGGCUUUUGAUUAAUCUAAAUGCUGAAUUUCGACGAACAAUAUCUGACGUCUCGAAUUCAAACAUUCGCAUACUUUUCCUAUAAGUAGAUUACGGUGGAGACUUUUAAACACAAUUAAAAUCAUCAUCAUCACUGAAUCAUGAAGAUUCCUAACAUUUCUACACUCUCAUUCAUUCUUCUUCUUCUUUUCAUCUCUUUGUCCUCACGCGCCGCUUCUGCCGCCGAUAAGCACCGAGAUUUUCUUGAAUGUCUAACCCAACAAUUCAAGAACUAUUCUUCGAUUUCAAGCAACGUUUACACCCCUACAAAUUCAUCAUACUCUUCCGUUCUUCGAUUUUCCAUCCAGAAUCUGAGAUUCGCGUCAGAUUCAGUUCCUAAACCACAAGUGAUCAUCACCCCAGAACACGAAUCCCAAAUCCCACCUAUCAUAUAUUGCGCCAAAGAGAAUGGCCUGCAGAUCAGAACUCGAAGUGGUGGCCAUGACUACGAGGGACUAUCUUAUGUAUCCCAAGUCCUGUUCGUGAUCAUUGAUUUGAUCAAAUUUAGUGAAAUAAGUGUUGAUAUUGGUGAAAAGACAGCAUGGGUUGAAUCCGGUGCAACUAUUGGCUCUUUAUAUUACAGGAUAGCCGAGAAAAGUGGUAUUCUUGGGUUUCCUGCUGGUGUUUGUCCAACAAUUGGUGUCGGCGGUCACUUUAGCGGAGGAGGCUACGGCACGUUGAUGAGAAAAUAUGGCUUAGCUGCAGAUCAAGUCAUCGACGCAAAAAUAAUCGAUGUCAAUGGCAGAAUUCUUGAUAGAAGAUCAAUGGGUGAAGAUCUGUUCUGGGCAAUCAGAGGCGGUGGAGGUGCCAGCUUCGGCGUGAUCGUUGCUUGGAAGGUACAACUAGUGGAUGUUCCAAAAAGAGUUACCGUUUUCAGAAUCGGCAGGACUUUGGAGCAAAACGCAACUCAACUCUUUCACCGCUGGCAAUACAUAGCCUCUGAACUCGACAAGGAUUUGCUGAUCGGUAUCACGGUAUCCAAGGUGAGCUCCACUCAAACAAGAAAGAAUCAGACAAUCAACGUUUCUUUCUACUCUCUGUUCCUGGGCGGAAUCGACAGGCUGCUGCCGAUGAUGCGAGAAAGUUUCCCUGAGUUGGGCCUGGUAAGAGAAGACUGCAUCGAAACGAGCUGGAUCCAAUCAGUUUUGUUUCAUUUUGGUUUUCCAAUUGAAUCUCCAAAGGAGGUGCUGCUGAAUAGAACUCAGCGCAGCGUAACAUACUUGAAAGGAAAAUCAAAUUACGUUCAGAAACCCAUUCCCGUACAUGGACUGCAAGGCAUAUGGAGGCAGUUUUACGAGGCGGAAGCUGCAGCCGCGCAGCUCAUCAUUGCCCCAUAUGGUGGAAGAAUGGCUGAGAUCUCCGAAUCCGCCAUUCCGUUUCCCCAUAGAGCUGGCAACUUGUACAAAAUCCAACAUCUAGUAUUUUGGGCAGAGGAGGAUGCCGAACGUUCUCACAGGUACAUAAGUUGGAGUCGGAGGCUCUACAAAUACUUGACUCCUUUUGUUUCCACCUGUCCGAGGGCUGCGUACCUCAAUUACAGAGAUCUCGACCUCGGAGUUAAUAACAUUGUAGGAAACACGAGCUACGCGCAAGCCAGUAUUUGGGGGAAGAAAUAUUUCAACAACAAUUUUGAUCGACUGGUUCGGGUGAAAACCAUUGUUGAUCCAGAUAAUUUCUUCAGGAACGAACAGAGCAUUCCGCCAUUGCAUUCAACGUGAUUCACGCAAAUCCUCAAUAAUAAACUUAUUUUCUAUUUUUUUUAUGCAUUGCUGUUUGACUUAAGCAACUCUACAGAUCUGGUUGACAAUUCGAUUUGCUUCAUCGAAUUUAUCUAAAAUGGAUGACAUGUACAUUGAUGUAAGAAUGAACUUGAUUAAGUUUGUAUAAUUGUUAAUAUCCUUAUAUAGGAGAGUCCAUCCUGCAUAUAAUGUGGAGUAAUACAUGAGGAUCGUUGUGAACUUGUGAUGCUGCCAAGUGUAAAGGUGUUUUGAGUGUAUUUUUGUUUUUAUUUUAAUGUUCUAAAUUUAUUUACCACAGUCAA